AUGGGACAGAGCCAGGGCAAAGGGCUGUACUCCCAAGUUGGGGCUCCAAUGGACGACGAAAUUGACCAGCCAGCUUCAUUCGUCCAAGCAGUCAAGACACAGGGUCAGCAGCAAGUUUUAAGAGCAAAAGCUGCUCUGGGCCAUGACCUGGAUAUUCCUUCAAAUAGCAACGAAAUCGACGGCAAUACUUUUGUAUUCGGCACUGACGGUGGCGAUUCCUCCCAUCGAGUAGUCCACGAUUCCGAUUUGGAAGUGAAACGAUCGCUGAAAGACGAACUGGCGUGGAGAAUAUUCGUUGAGCAAGAAGCCUCAAAAGAGCGCAAGUUGAUUUUGAUUCGAAUGAGCUUUGAUCGGUGGCACUUACCUGAUCAAUUCUCUCAAGCAGGAUUUCGAUCGGGUGAUAUUCUUGAGUACGUUGUUCACGGCGAAUUAAAAUGGGCAAUUUGGAAUCGCGAAGAAAUUCUUUUCUGGCAAAAUGGAAUAAUCGAAAAACGCCCUCAUAGAACAUUUCCUCACUCUUGCCGGAAACUACCGAUCAUUAUUCCGCCUAAUGAAGAUGGGCUUUCCCCUACUGAUAUUUAUAUAAAUGCAACAAAUGAAAACUCUGGGCUUGAUUUUUCAAACAGUCAAGCCUGGGCGGCUUGGUGUGUCACGAAAAAUUCGAAUUUCUCUGCAAUUUCUUCUCAACAAAAUUAUUACCUAGAGCUACCAGAUUUGGGAAUUUCGGAGCGUUUCUCAUCACUCGAUUCUUUGAUGUGCAAAAAAGUCGAGUACGAAACGAUGGGAUUCGACCAAGUUCAGAAACAUUUUGGUGUGAAGCAAAAUCUACGUGGCAUUGUUCGUUGCGUCCAGUAA